AUGUCCGACGACGGUCCGCUGCUCAUCCGGCCUGUGCCUCGGCGGCCCUUCACCCUCAGCCGGCAGAGCGCGACGCCCACCACCGACGACGAGCCCUCGACACCCGACGCCGCCGCCGCCGCCUCCUCCGCCUCCGGCCCCGCGACCGCCGCGAUCGGCACCACAUCCUCCCCCGGCCUCAUGCACAACCACCUCACCGCCGCCCUGGCCGCCUGGAGCCGGAGCGGCGACGCCUCGGAGCAGGCGUCGCCCGCCAUCAGCCGCCCGGCCUCCAUCAUGAACCUCACCUCAUCCACCCUCUACGGCAUCUACUCCCCGACAGCCGGCGGCGGCCGCGAUCGCGACGACGUCGAGGACUCGCCCUGGGGCAUGGGCGCGCAGACGCCCAUCCGCCGUCCCGACAUUGACGAGCCGACGUUUGCGCUCAUGCGCGAGCGUUCGCACCUCGACCGCCGCCGCCGCCGGUCCUCGUACAAGGGCGCCGACCUGCCCCGCGUCCCCGCGCCGCACCUGAGCAGCGCCCAGGUCGCGGCGCGCACGGCCGUGCUCUUCAUACUCGGCCUGGGGUACGGCGCGCUCGUCACGCGUCUGCACGACCAGGACCAGGGCGUCGCGACAGCCGAGGGCCUGGUGGAGCCCGGCUUCAACUCGACGUAUCUCGGCGCCUGGGGCGUCGCCGGCGUGGUGCUCGGCUCGCUGCUGCCCUGGUUCGAUGGUGUCUGGGAAGAGCGGUUCGGCGCGUCUGACGAGGAGGAAGAGGAGGACUGCGCCGUGGCAGACGGCGAAAACGCACCCAGCAAGGCGGUUGACACGGGAUUGGACUCGGCGCUGGUUAUGCGCGCCAUUGGCGCUUUCGUGGGCAUUGUUUUUGCCAUUAGGAAACUCGCCUGGGACUCGACCUUUCAAAUUUCGGCCACGUUGGCCCUCGCCAACCCGCUGCUCUGGUGGCUCAUUGACCGGUCCAAGCCCGGGCUCCUGCUGUCCGCGGGCGUGGGCCUGGUGGGCUCUCUCCUGCUCCUCGGCAUAAGCCCCGACAUGAUGCCGACGCCGUCUCUGCAGAUACUGCGCAACGCUGCCGCUGCCGCUGCCGCCGCCGCUGCCAACGGCAACACCACCGCGACGGCGGCACCCGGCGCGCUCGUCGCCCACAACCAGACCAUCGAGACCGGCGUGUGGAUGCUGAGCGUGCUGUUUUGCAGCUGCCUCUGCUUUGGCAACAUUGGGCGACGCCUGUUUCUGGGACGCUCUGCAGCGGGCAGGGGCCGUUGGGGCGGCGUGCGAUGA